CUCGCGCGGCUCGCGGCCGCUCGUUCGCGCUUGCUUAUUUUCAUUUAUAUAUUCUUCCUGCAGCGGUCGGCGGCGGUGGCUCGUCAACAAAAGUAACCACUAUUUCCUUCGUUUCCUGCGAGUGGAAUGCGUGAGCCAUGAGUCUGGUCUGCCUCGCAACCCCGUCGAAACAGCUCCUCGAGGAAGAGCCGGCUGAGGAUGUCGAAGGCCUGACGAAGCAGCUGCUGGCGUGCAGGGCCGCCCUCCGCCUGCAGAUCCAACGCUCGCAACAGUUGGUCGCUGCUUACAAUGCAAAACUGCAUGCAACCAACUGCAAGCUCAAGGAAGCCGAGGAAUUGUCCCAAAAGAGAUUCGCGUACUUGGCCAGAGCUGUCAUGGGCGCCGAGGCCAGCCUGCGCAGGAAACAGAAAGAAAUAAUCCAACAGUUGGCCACGAGAGAUGAGCAGAUAAGCGAGCAGCGUACCAAGAUUGAGCGGUUGAGCCAAGAGCCGCCGAAAACCACUCCGCCGCCGGUGCCUGCUCCAAGGAAGCCUCUGGCACCCAUUUGCAACAAGCCGCCCACCCCAUACAAACCCCCUGGACUCACCCUUAGUCUACCACCUCAGUACAAAAAGAAGCCUGCCUUGGAAAAGCUUGAAAAGCUGCCAGAGGAAGAAAAUGUGCAACCUCAGUCAAAUAGUGCACCAAGUGUACACCAAGAGUGCCUCAGUGAGCCAAUGCAAACCAGCAUUUCUCCUCCUUCCUCGACAGAUACCGCUAGUCCUGACACCCCCAUAGACCACUUCCACGACAACUUUGAGGAGUUCCACCUUGACUCUGAAAACAACUCUGAUGAAAACGACGAAGGAAUUUUGAAUCGGAAAUCAGGCGACGGUGCUGAAAAGCAGCAGCUAGUGCUCAAAUCCUUGACCCAGGGGUCUUACGAGGGUUUCCUCGAGGCCACCGGCCUGUCCCAGAAGUCAAUUCUCACCCCCAGCAGACUCAAUAGCCACCGUUCAGUGAUCAAACCCAGAGACAUUAAGUACCGCAGUAAAGCAAACAGGACUUUCUCUAAUGGAUCAAUCAAAUACUGGUCAGGACCGUACCUCUGAAGGUUGGGCCAUGUGCCCGGGAAGGAAGUGGUGUUUGUGAGAUUGAUAAAAGUCAUUACCUGCCUAAUCUAGUGCUCUAGUGCAUAUAUACUGAGGACGAGUGCUUUAAUUUUAUUAGGUAGAAAAACUAGGAUUAAAAAAUAUACCUCAAGAAUUUAUUUCUUUUACCGCGAAGAACGUGUUGAAAUUAAAUUUUUGCACUACUAUCUGAUGAAAAUAAAGCAUAAAUAUGUUAAAUAAAUCGUAAUAAUGGAUUGAA